AUGGCGUCGGCUUCUGCCAGUGUGGACUCCAAGGCAGAGCUGACUGCUCUACUGGAACAGUGGGAGAGGGAGCAGCAAGGCGGCACUCAGGAGCUGGUCAGCAUCCUCACGAAAAUCUCUGAGCUGGUUGAGAAAGAGACAGAGGAGUACCACAAAGCGGACCCUGACCCCUUUGAUGACCGACACCCUGGGAGAGCUGACCCCGAAUGCGUGUUAGGACACCUGCUCAAGAUCCUGUUCAAGAAUGAUGACUUCAUGAACACGUUGGUGAAUAGCUAUGUGAUGACCAGCAGAGAAUUCUCCCUUAAUGCAGCAGCCUGUCGCCUGCUUCAGAACAUCAUGCCUGGUUUGGAGACGGCCGUGGUCUUUCAGGAGAAGGAGGGCAUAGUUGAAAGGCUGUUUAAGUGGGCUCAGGAGGCCGAGCAGCCCCUCAGAAUCUACGCCACAGGCUUGUUGGCCGGCGCUAUGGAGAACCAGGAUAUCGCAGCCAACUACAGGGAGGAGAACUCUGUUUUGGUUCCUUUGAUGCUGCACCGGAUGCGUGAGCUUCAGGAUAAGGACGCGGAGAAUAAAAGGGACAUCAAACGCCCCAGCCCCAGGAAGACGUUGAGCGAGCCGCUGCUGCCUUUGGACGAGGAGACCGUCGACGGAGGCUUCGAGGAGAAGCCCUUCACACCGGGGAGAAACGGAGCGGAGGGGGCGGGGCCGGAGGAGGACGGCGGAAUUCCCUUCUCGACCAUCGAGCCCGAAAACGAGCUUUCGUUCCGACUCAACUCCCCCCAUAAGACCAGCAGCCACGCCAACUCGGCCGUUAAGACCAUGAUGAAGCCCAUGUCCGCCCCGGGGUCGCUGAUACACCAAGGCGUGUCGGACGGCAGCAGCUACCUAAAAAGGAAGGCGGAGAGAGAGAGCGGCAGGACCCUGAAACAGAAGCUAAAUUUCUCUCUGCCAGACCCAGACAGGAACUUCAGUGAGCUUUCCAACAGCAGCUGGUCUGAGACGAGCCCCUGGGUGAUCGGCAACAAUUACCACCUGUACCCUCUGACCCCGGAGAUCGAACAGAGGCUCAUCCUUCAGUAUCUCACUCCUCUGGGAGAAUAUCAGGAGCUGCUGGCCGUGUUCAUGCAGAUGGGAGCUCGUGAGCUGCUCAUGCAUUACAUGGACCUAAAGCAGACCAAUGACGUGCAGCUCACCUUCGAGGCUCUGAAGUACCUGGCGUCUCUGCUGCUGCACAAGAAGUUCGCUGCAGAGUUCGUGGCUCACGGAGGAGUUCAGAAGCUGCUGGAAAUCCCCCGGCCGUCCAUGGCUGCUACCGGAGUGUCUCUGUGCCUGUACUACCUCGCCUAUAACCAGGACGCCAUGGAAAGGGUGUGCAUGCUGCCUCACUCCAUCCUGUCGGACGUGGUUGGUUACACGCUGUGGCUGCUGGAGUGCUCGCACGCGUCCGGCUGCUGCCACGCCACCAUGUUCUUCUCCAUCUCCUUCUCCUUCCGCGCCGUCCUGGAGCUCUUCGACCGGCAGGACGGGCUCCGACGCCUCGUCAACCUGAUCAGCACUCUGGAGAUCCUGAACCCGGAGGACCAGGGAGCGCUGCUGAGCGAUGACGAGAUUUUCUCCAGCAGGCAGACCGCCAAGCACACCUGCAUGGCCCUGCGCAGGUACUUUGAGGCCCACCUGGCCAUCAAGGUGGAGCAGGUGAAGCAAUCCCUCCAGCGCACAGAGGGGGGCGCCCCCAUUCACUCCCAACCAUACUACAAGGCGGUCAGCUAUAGCCGCGAGCAGGUGGUGGAAAUGAUGGAGUUUCUGAUCGAGUACGGUCCGCUCAGACUCUACUGGGAACCAGCGGAGUUCUUUCACAAGCUGUCAUGUGUCCAGCUCCUCCUGCAGCUCAUUUCCAUCGCCUGUGACUGGAGGACCUACUAUGGCAGGAGCGAUACAGUGCGUUAUGCUCUCGACAUCCUGAGCAUCCUCACAGUUGUUCCAAAGACCCAGCUGUUGUUGUCGGAGGCCGUCGCUGUGCUUGAUGAGGGAGGAUCCUCUGUUUCCACUGUUGGAAUGAGUAUAGUCCUGGCAGUAGCAGAGGGAGAGGUAUUUGUAAAUGAUGCCGACAUUCAGAAGUCGGCUCUGCAGGUCGUCAUCAACUGCGUCUGUGCUCCGGACAAACGCAUGUCCAGCAUUGGCAAGUUCAUCGCAGGCACCCCCCGUCGCCGCCUGCCUCAGCAGACCAAAGCCAGCGAGAGUGUGCUCACUAAGAUGUGGAACGUGGUGCAGUCCAACAACGGCAUCAAGGUGCUGCUGUCCCUGCUGACGGUGAAGAUGCCCAUUACCGAUGCAGAUCAGAUCCGAGCUCUGGCCUGUAAGGCUCUGGUGGGUCUGUCUCGCUCCACCUCCGUCAGACAGAUCAUCAGCAAGCUGCCUUUGUUCAGCAGCGGACACAUCCAGCAGCUCAUGAAGGAGCCCGUGCUCCAGGACAAACGCAGCGAACACGUCAAGUUCUGCAAGUUCGCGGCCGAGCUGAUAGAGAGGAUCUCCGGGAAGCCGCUGCUGAUCGGUACGGACGUGUCUCUGGCGUGGCUGCAGAGGGCCAGCGUGGUCGCCAAGUCCAGGAUCUCCUUCCCUGAGAAAGAGCUGCUGCUGCUUAUUAGGAACCACCUCGUGGCCAAAGGCCUUCACGACACAGCCACGACUCUCACAAAGGAGGCAGACCUCCCGAUGGCGUGUCUGUCUCACCCGCCACAUGCGGCUUCUGCUUUCCCCCCCGUCGCUCCUCCCCCACCCGGCUCCCCUGUCGCCACGUUACCCCGCACGCCACGUCUGGCCAACGGUGUCGGGUUGAGACUCGUAAGCCAUCCCGCUCACUCGUCCACCCCGGGGUCCAGCAAUCCACAAACACGUCCCUCCACGUCACAGCCCACCGUGUCCUCCUCCGCUGUGUUCCCCUCCACGUCCAUCACGCCGUGCACCAACGGCUCCCCGCUCAUCGGACGGAUCGUUUUCUCGCGGGAACGGCAAGCCGCGUGCGCCACGGUGAGCUGCAAGAAACCCCGGGUGCUGAGACAGAAGUCUGACCACGGCGCCUUCAGCCAGAGUCCGGCCAUGAAGAAGCAGUUCGACCGGCACCUGCCGUCCCCGCCUGCGUUAGACAGCAUCAUCACAGAGUACCUGAGGGAGCAGCAUGCGCGCUGUAAAAACCCCGUGGCAACGUGCCCGCCCUUCUCCCUCUUCACCCCCCAUCAGUGCCCCGAGCCCAAACAGAGACGCCAAGCACCCAUCAACUUUACAUCCCGUCACACUCGGAGGGUUAUAUAUCCUAAAUACGGAGGGGUGGACGGAGGCUGCUUCGACAGACAUCUCAUCUUCAGCAGGUUCCGUCCCAUCUCCGUGUUCCGGGAGGCAGAAGAGGACGAGAGCGGGUUCAUGUGUUGUGCCUUCUCAGCUCGCGAGCGGUUCCUGAUGCUCGGGACGUGCACGGGGCAGCUCAAACUCUACAAUGUGUUUACAGGCCAGGAGGAAGCCAGCUACAGCUGUCACAGUUCAGCCAUCACUCACCUGGAGCCCUCGCGGGAUGGCUCUCUGCUCUUAACGUCGGCCUCUUGGAGUUACCCGCUGUCUGCUCUGUGGGGCAUGAAAUCAGUCUUCAUCAUGAAGCAUUCUUUUCUGGGCGACCAUUACGUGGAGUUCAGUAAGCUCUCACAAGAUCGUGUCAUUGGGACGAAGGAACACAUAGCGCGGAUUUAUGACAUCCAGACGGGUCAGGUAACUCUGAAGUUAAACAACCCGGACCUGGCCAACAACUACAAGAGGAACUGUGCCACCUUCAACCCGACAGAUGACCUGGUGCUGAACGACGGGGUGCUGUGGGACGUGCGCACGGCUCAGGCCAUCCACAAGUUUGACAAGUUCAACAUGAACAUCAGCGGCGUGUUCCAUCCCAACGGCCUGGAGGUCAUCGUCAACACGGAAAUUUGGGAUCUGCGGACCUUCCACCUCCUCCACACGGUCCCCGCUCUGGACCAGUGCCGAAUAGUCUUCAACAACAACGGCACCGUCAUCUAUGGAGCGAUGUUGCAGGCCGACGAUGAAGACGACAUGAUGGAGAUGCAGAUAAAAAGUCCGUUUGGUUCGUCGUUCAGGACCUUCAAUGCCACGGACUACAAACCAAUCGCCACUAUUGAUGUCAAGAGGAAUAUAUUUGAUCUUUGCACUGAUACCAAAGACUGCUACCUUGCUGUGAUUGAGAACCAAGACUCUGUGAACACUGACACGGUGUGCAGGCUGUACGAAGUCGGCCGGCAGAGACUUGCAGAGGAAGAGGAGGAGGACGAGGAGGAUCAGGAGGAUGACGAUCAGGAGGAAGACGACGACGACGAGGACUCGGACGAUGACAUCGACACGGAUCCUCUCAUCGCCGAGCUGGAGAACGGCGACGAUGAAGAGGAGGAUGAUGGGAAUGACGAAUUCUCUCCCUCCGACGAAGAGGUGUCACGCCUGCUCGAAGACGGUGUUGACGUCGGGGACGACGACGACGAGGACGACUCCGAUAAUGACGACGUUGAUCUGGAUGGAGACAACGACAGCACCGACAACUCUGACCUCGAGGACGACAUCAUCUUAUCCCUGAACGAGUGAGGAGCCACCGGCGUCCAGGACCCGAGGAUCCGGACGACAUGUCGAGACCUCUUCCUCGCAGACGUUUGAGCUGCAGAGCGGGAGGCGAGAGGAGCCGAUAGCAUCAGCAGAUGAGGUGGGAGAUAACGUGGAGCGCUGCCAGUUUGAAACAGUAGGUGUCUGCACUCUGAGUGACAAGACCGAGGGAGAACAAUCCCAUAGAGAUUUGCACACAAAUUGACUUACUGGUGGGCCAGAAAAUGAUUGUAAACGCUAUAGUUUUAUAUGUAUAAAAAAAAAGAAGUGUGGUUGAUGAGGAGAGAAAAUGUGCGGUGAGGAAAAGUUUUAUAUUUUAUCACAUUUACGGCUUUUUUAAGCGAGCCUCUUCAUUUGGUAUUGAUUCACUCACUUUGUAAGCCUCUGUUUGGUCACAGAUUAGUGUUUGUUGGAGGAAAAGCUCACUGCAGCGCUGUGUGGUCUGCGUUUGUGUGGCAAAGGAUACGACGACGCGAUCUCUCUCUCUCUCUCUCUCUCUCUCUCUCUCUCUCGCUCUCUCGCUCCGUGUUUUUGCCAGGACGCCCGGAAUGAUCACCAAAAAGUAAUAAAGCUUUUGAAUCAGGCAGCUAACCUAAUGCACAAACACGUCGCCGAUGGCAUCAAAGCCACCUUCAGGUUUUACUCUUAAAACCGCUGACCAAAAAACACCACACACACACACACACACACACACACACACACACACACAGCAGUGCCAUUCGUGAACGUCGCCUCCUGAUUUGAUUUAUGUAAGGAGAGAAAUGAAAUUGGCUUGCUGCUCUUGUGUUGCUGAAGAAAGCGUAAAUAACGUGGACACUGUAACAAACAACUAUUGACACACCUGCUCACUGCCGGCACAUGACGGACACGUGUGUGAUUCUACCGGGCUUCACUGAGCCGAUGGGAGGAUUUGGCCUUAGCUGAAGAUGACGGUGCUUUGUGCUGUCGGUCCAUCAUACAGGGAACAUCUGACUUUAUCUCGUGUUAGAAAACUGAUGAAAUCGAUCUUGCUAAACCUUGAAAGAGAUCUCACAUCGAAAUAGAAGACGUUGGUCAAAUUUAGCAGAGUAUUUUCAUUUCAAACUUGACUUUCCUCCGAGUAGAGUGACAGGAGGCUUCAAACUCCCAACAUUGUGAAAAACAAAUGCCUUCCACUUGCACACUUUUUUUGAAAACGUUUGGAUUGUUCCCAUGUGUUCUUUUUGCCUUGUUUCUGUUCAUGUUACCGGUUUCCUUUUUCCAUGAGAAGACCUGGAUGUUGAGAUUCCUUGAGACCGUUUAUGUACAGCUUGUAUGUAUCUAAAGUAUUUUUACUAUAAAUAAAGAUGGAAAAUAA